GCGCGCCCCGCCGCGUGCCCACCCCCGGGCGGCUGCUGCAGCCUACGCUACACAGGCACAGCCUGCCGCCCGCGGAGCCGGAGCUCAACCGCGAGAGCGCAGAGCUCGACGUGGGCUCCUGGGCCGCGGCGGCGGGCAGGCGAUGCUCCAGAGGCCUGAGCAGCCAUGGAGGCCGAGGCGGGCGGCCUGGAGGAGCUGACGGACGAGGAGAUGGCGGCGCUGGGCAAGGAAGAGCUGGUGCGGCGCCUGCGGCGGGAGGAGGCGGCGCGUCUGGCGGCUCUAGUGCAGCGCGGCCGCCUCAUGCAGGAGGUGAAUCGGCAGCUGCAGGGUCACCUGGGCGAGAUCCGCGAGCUCAAGCAGCUCAACCGGCGCUUACAGGCUGAGAACCGUGAGCUGCGCGACCUCUGCUGCUUCCUGGACUCCGAGCGCCAGCGCGGGCGGCGUGCCGCGCGCCAGUGGCAGCUCUUCGGGACCCAAGCAUCCCGAGCUGUGCGCGAGGACUUGGGCGGUUGUUGGCAGAAGCUGGCGGAGCUGGAGGGCCGCCAGGAGGAGCUGCUGCGGGAGAACCUGGCGCUUAAGGAGCUCUGCCUGGCUCUCGGCGAGGAGUGGGGCCCCCGAGGCGGCCCCGGCGGCGCUGGGGGCUCAAGCGCCGGGCCGACACCCGAGCUCGCCUUGCCUCCCUGCGGGCCCCGCGACCUGGGCGAUGGAAGCUCCAGCACCGGCAGCGUGGGCAGUCCCGACCAGUUGCCCCUCGCCUGCUCCCCAGAUGACUGAGCGUUCCGCUUCCUUCACGUCGACGCCCGACCAGACUGCUUCCCAAGCGCCGGGACUGCGGUGGACCUCGAGACCUGGACGCCGUGCCGCCUGAGUACGAGGGGCCGCUGGCAUGGAUUUGGAAACUCUGGCACUAAGGAGGCCCCUGGCUUUCGCUGGUGGGGCAGCAGGGGAACUGGAGGCUGGAGCGGAGGGACUUGCUGGGGGCGGGGUGGGGGCUAAUAAACUGGAACGGAAGCAGAG